GUCAAACAAACCGAACUGGAAGAUUCUCCUUCGUACUCAACCUCAAUUCGACCAACCCAAAUGAUUUACCUCUUUGAAAUCGGCCAAAUCUUAAUUAUAAUAUGAUGUCUGAACGCCCCCUGUACACGCCUUUGAUUGAUAAUGCCGGCAUCUCGCGACAAUUGAUGCCGUUACGUCAUCUGGCGCUUAAUGAAACUUAACGUAUUCCUCAAAACUAUCCAAGAAACCCGCAGAGAAUUCCAAUAAUUCCAUAUCAGCUUGCAUAGAACUCGUGAAGGGUAUCGUUGCGGUCGGUGAGAUGCUGCCAAUAGCUGGUAGUUUCGUAAAAGGUCUUGCCGGUGUUGCUGUCGUGUUUCUAGACAACCUGGAGCGACUUGCAAAGAACAAGGAAGAUAUACAGGUCCUCGCCAGGGAUAUCACUGAUGUCGCGAUAAUCGUUCGCGAUGCCAGUAUCAAGAUAUCCGCAGAACCUAGGGGCAUCGAAGACGUCGCAGAUCUCAAAAAUGCUUGCUCUGAGUUCCAGAAGUUCCUAUCGGACCUCACGACUAAGGUAAUCGAUAUUGAGCGUAGCAACUACAGCCUUUGGAAGGAUAUAAAAAAGUUCUUAACUUCGAGAGAUAUUAAAGAGAUGAUUAAUGGACACCGACAAGUAAUGGAAGGCGCGAGGUCCAACCUUUUGCUUGUAACCUCGCUCUAUGAAAGAGCGAGACCACUGAGAGAAUCGGACAAGACUAACGAGGAACGGCGUAUAUUGAAAGCAAGAGGGAGGAGAAAACGGGAUGUAGUCGACUACGAAGGAGGGGAUGGUGGUGGUCGGAAGGUCAGAGAGAGGCGUAUCCCGAACUAGCGCUAAAUAUGUAAGUACAUGACGUGAAAUAUAGUACGAUCGAAGGAUCUAUG